AUGGCCAAGAGAGACUUGUGUGCAGAGAGAAUACAACAGGAAAGAAAACAGUGGAGAAAAGACCAUCCAUUUGGAUUUUACGCCAGACCUACUCGAGCUGCAGAUGGAUCGCUGAAUUUACAUAACUGGGAUGCAGGAGUGCCCGGAAAGGCACAUACACUAUGGGAAAAUGCAACUUACCCACUUACGAUAGCGUUCCCAGAUGAAUACCCGGCCAAACCACCGAAGAUUAGAUUUCCUCCGGGCUUUUACCACCCAAAUGUUUACCCAUCAGGAACAAUUUGCCUCUCCAUAUUGAAUGAGGAUCAGGACUGGAGACCUGCAAUUUCCUUAAAGCAGUUGAUGCUUGGAAUUCAAGAGCUUUUGGAUACUCCAAAUCCAAACUCCCCCGCACAAGAACCUGCUUGGAGAGCCUUUGAAAAGGACAAGGAAGGCUAUAACAAACGUGUUAAGGAGCAAGCACGCAAGUAUGCUGACAGAAAGUAA